AUGGCCCAACCCAACCACUUAAAUGUCUAUACAGGGCCAGAUUCCGUCAGGAACUACUUCGAUCCUGAUGUUGCCCCGCCGCUGCCACUAGUCGAGGUACCUGAAGCCUUGAACCCCUAUCGUCAGCAUGGCGUCCGGAUUUAUGCCAAGAUGAUGUCGAUGCAUCCUGCGAAUAACGUCAAGGCUAUGCCAGCACUCAAUCUGCUCCAGAAUGGGGUUGUACCAGGAAAGACAGAGACCAUCGUCGAGUACAGUUCCGGCUCGACGGUCAUCUCUAUGUCGUUGGCUUCCAGAGUCUACUACGGUGUGCCAGAUGUGCGGGCCUUUCUCAGCAACAAGACUAGUCAAGCGAAGUUGAGGUUGAUGCAGUUCUUCGGACUGGACAUUACCCUGUUUGGUGGCCCUUCUCAACCUGAGCCUCUGGACCCACGAGGAGGCAUUUGUGCCGCAAGAAACAUGGGCAGCGAUAAGGGCACUGCGCUCAACCCAAACCAAUACGAAAAUGACGAUAAUUGGAAGUCUCAUGUGCGGUGGACUGGACCCCAAAUCUUCAAGCAACUGCCCCAAAUUUCUCUCAUUUGCGCAGGAAUGGGUACUUCUGGUAGGAAAGAUGUCAACUCCGUCUCGUCGACAACGCCUAACAUACUAAUAGGCACUCUAACUGGUCUUGGAACCUACUUCAAGCAGGCUAAGCCGUCAGUAUACCGGCUGGGUGUCUGCACCGCGCCUGGCGAUCGUGUUCCUGGCCCCCGAUCCUACGCUCUUCUUCAACCAGUAGAGUUUCCAUGGAGAUCCGCAGUCGACCACGUUGAGCAUGUCGGUUCUCAACACUCCUAUUCGCUCUCGCUGGACCUGUGCAGACAAGGCCUCAUCGCCGGCCCGUCUUCAGGUUUCAACCUGCAAGGCCUUUACCAGUUCCUUGAUAAGCGUAUCGCGGCCGGCAAUCUGAAUGAACUAGCCGACGAUGCUGGCGAGAUCCACUGCGUUUUUGUCUGCUGCGAUUUGCCUUACCAGUACAUCGAUGAGUACUUUGCGAAAUUGGGACCUGAGCAUUUCCCUGCAAUCCACAACGAGAACCUUACAAAGGUUGACCUUCACCGCUAUGAUGAGGCAUGGGAAAAGACUGCGACUGAAGUCUUCAUGCAAAUUCCGUCUGCAGGUGCUAUCCGGACCAACGAAACCCAUUUGCCGAGUACACCACGCUAUGUCGAUACGAGUAGUGCUGCACUUAUCCCCCGCCUUCCAAACACGAUCAUUCUCGAUCUGAGACAAUCCGAAGACUACCAGAUGCACAAUGUCGCAGGUUCCGAAAAUAUUCCGAUCGUCGAGUCCAGUGACUGGAAACCGUUCUCCGACUCAAAGGUUCUGGAACAACUAUGGCUCAAGCUUGAGACGACAUUUGACUCGAACAAAGACGUCGGCAAAGAGUUGGAAGAAUAUCGACAGAAGCCUAUUCUAGUGUUGUGCUACGACGGCGACAGCGCCAGGGUAGCGACCAGUGUCCUGCGUGCAAAGGGCUUUGAGGCUGAUAGUGUUCGAGGAGGCUUCCGUGCUUUGAAAGAGCUUGAGAGAACUACCAAAGCUACAUCGGGGGGUUGUUCCAAAGAUAUGCCCGCCACCUCGAGCGUUGAAGAAUUGGUUGGUCAUCGCCAGUCGUAUCUCCAGCUGGCGUGA